AGUGGUUUGGCCGAGUCGUGUUCUGUUAGUUAAGUGUUCCGAAUCGAGCGACCAAGACGACUGCGGUAGAGUUUGUUUGCCAGCGAAUGUCAUUUACACAUUUCGUCGCACUGAAUGUGCAAUGUGCGAAUGAAAAGUAUUACGACGACACGAACGCAAUAGAAUCUUGUGUGAAUGAGCAUUCCCCGAAGAAAGUGUGCAUCCAACGCCAAGUGCAUCGGCGACAACAAUAAGCCAAUGUGAAGUUUGGUUCAAUUUUGAAUUCGUUUGUCGAAAGCAAUCGGAAGAUAAGCUGAAACUGAAGCAAGCGACGUGUGUGUUUAAGUGAACUGAAUGGCACCUUUAGGCAUAAAGCGACACAACCAACAGCGCCCCAGCUACUAGCGGAUACCAAAUCACGGUUUAGUUGCAUCAAGAAAUUGCACUGCGGAACGGUAACCUGUGUCUUCGAGUCCAGUACAUGUGAAGAGUACAGUGUCGAACAGAAGGCAAAUGCGCGUAUGCUCUCCAACCGCACUGUAAGGUGGAUUACGGCUAUGUGAUAAUUGAGUUAGUGCAGUAAGGAACGCAAAAAAUAGAAGCAAACUAAGUGCAAGGUGUGUCGAAUGUCAUCCUAGCACGUGUCACGGACGAUUAGUGUGCUGCCCUACUGCUGUAAAAUAAAGAAAAGAGCGCAAAGUGAUCUCAGUCGGCCACAUCAUAUGAAGAAGAGCGUAUACAUGGAUAUCGUCAGUGUGUAACAAUUGCUACUAUUGCUUGCCGGUGCCGUUGUCGGGAAAUCUAAGAUCUGGAAGGGCUUUUCGGCACAAGUGUUGGCACCUUCGGCGCGAUUUUUUGAGAGCUGCUGCAGCUGCUAAGUUCUCGGGUCGCUGCAUUCAGUCAUUUCGACAGCUAAGCUACUGGUAUUCAACAUCUUCGGAGUUGUUAGCUAAGCCAUUCUCUCGACCCACAACUAUUGUAGUGACGGAAGCCGCCUGUUCAGUGCGACCUAACUUUUCAGAAUGGAGUGCUGCUUAUCCGAGGAGGCCAAAGAGCAAAAGCGCAUCAAUCAGGAGAUUGAGCGGCAGCUGCGACGAGACAAACGGGAUGCCAGGCGCGAACUUAAGUUGUUACUACUGGGUACUGGUGAAUCGGGUAAAUCAACAUUCAUCAAACAGAUGCGUAUUAUCCACGGUAGUGGCUAUUCGGACGAAGAUAAGCGGGGUUUCAUAAAACUAGUCUACCAAAACAUAUUCAUGGCAAUGCAGUCGAUGAUACGAGCGAUGGAUCUGUUGAAAAUCCUCUACAGUGAUCCAGCAAAUAUCGAACACGCCGAAUUGAUUCGAAGUGUAGACUUUGAAACAGUAACCACAUUCGAACCGCCGUACGUUCAAGCAAUCAAAGACUUAUGGGCCGACGCUGGCAUCCAAGAAUGUUACGAUCGAAGGAGAGAGUAUCAACUAACAGAUUCCGCCAAAUAUUAUCUAAUGGAGAUCGAUCGUGUCGCGGCAACAAACUAUCUUCCAACGGAGCAGGACAUUCUGAGAGUGCGUGUUCCCACGACUGGAAUAAUCGAGUAUCCCUUCGAUCUGGAAGAAAUACGGUUUAGCUACUUAAGCGAUAUGGAGCGCAUUGAAAAAGAAGAUUUUCUUCCUACCGAGCAAGAUAUUCUGAGAGCUAGGGCACCGACUACGGGUAUUUUAGAGUAUCCAUUCGAUUUGGAUAGCAUCAUUUUUAGAAUGGUGGACGUCGGGGGACAAAGAUCUGAAAGAAGGAAAUGGAUUCAUUGUUUUGAAAAUGUUACAUCGAUCAUCUUCUUAGUUGCUCUUUCUGAGUACGAUCAAAUUCUGUUUGAAUCCGAAAAUGAGAAUCGAAUGGAAGAGUCGAAGGCAUUAUUUAAAACGAUUAUUACGUACCCAUGGUUCCAGCAUUCUUCAGUAAUCCUGUUUUUGAACAAAAAAGAUUUACUCGAGGAAAAGAUAAUGUAUUCACAUUUGGUCGACUAUUUCCCCGAAUAUGAUGGACCACAGAGAGAUGCAAUAGCUGCCAGAGAAUUCAUACUUCGCAUGUUUGUAGAUUUAAAUCCAGACUCGGAGAAAAUUAUUUAUUCCCAUUUCACAUGUGCGACUGACACUGAAAAUAUUAAAUUAGUGUUCUGUGCCGUGAAAGAUACUAUCAUGCAAACCGCGCUUAAAGAAUUUAAUUUAGCUUAAUUAAACAUGUACUUAUACUAUUGGAUUAAAUGAAUCAAAUGAAAUUGGUUAGAAACUCGAAUUCGCUACACAAUUUUAAGCGCUGUUUUGAAUAGUACCAACAACGUAUGUUUCAUGCGCAGGUUUGUGUGCUUCAUGGUUUGAUUAAUUCCAAAGAACAAAUUUCUGGUAAUUUAAUUUUUGUUUUCAUGAAAUUGUUUCUAAUAAAGCGAUAUUAUUUGUAAAACUUUAAGAGUUCAGUCUUAUUUUAUUUAAAUCAAGCAAAACUAUCACACAA